UCGAUUGAAGAGCAAAGCUGAGGAUUUCAAUUGAAAGGCCAAGCUCUUAAUUAAAAAGAGCAUUUCGUCAAUUGGAAGUUGCGUGUGCGCCUGCCAGUGACCAAAAUAAUAUACUUAUUGCAGCCUUGUCGUGCCAUUGAAGCAGUGGAAAAUUACGGCCAGUCGGCGCCAUGCCUCAGCCGGACCCUGUUAUCACCGCUCUCGGCUCUUUCGGCCCGUGGCAGGCACGUUCGCUGUUCCUCGUUGCCCUGGUCAAGAUUCCGGCGGCCUGGCAGAUGAUGAGCAUUUUGUUUCUCGCGUCCAGCCCGGAAACUUUCGGAGGCACUUAUUUUUGCGCCAGGAGCGAUCCCAAUCGAUGGACGCCUCAGGAGUGGAUUGAAAAGUGGCACCCAAAAAGCAAGCAAUAUUUGAAUGGUUUUGAUCCUUGCUACGUCUAUGAAAGUUUUUAUAAUGAAACCGAUGAAAGCAGAAAUUUGGUCGAAUGCAAAAAAUUUGAGUUUUUAGUGGACAGACCAACAAUUUUAACAAAGUGGUCAUUGGUGUGCGAUAGGAACAAAUUGAUAAACACUGUGCAGUCUUUUUAUUUGUUCGGCAUAUUCUGCGGAGGUGUCGUUAAUUUUCUACUCUUGAAAAAGAUAUCGCCGCGGGCGGUAAUUUUGGUCGGCGCUGCGUUGCAGGUGGUCGCGGGCAUUGCGUUGGCUUUGCAGCCAAUUUACGAAAUCCACUGUUUUCUCAAAUACCUGAUUGGCUUGAGUGCGUGCAUAAUGUUUUCCGCUGGAUUUCAAAUAAUCGUUGACGUCACUGAUGGUUGGCAAAAGCUGGCUCUUGGUGUGUGUUAUGAGCACUUUUGGUCGAUAGGAGCGCUAACUUUAGGCUGGCUGAACGAACUGGCUCGUUCGUGGGUUAAUUUGCAAUUGAUCAUCACAGUACCGACGUCGAUAUUCCUCUUUUUAUUCUGGGCUCUACCAGACUCGCCCAGAUGGUUCAUAGCGCAUGGAAAAAUGGAACAAGCUGAAAAAAUUUUGAAAUCGGCUGCCAAAUGCAACGGGAGAAAACUUCCUCCAGAUUUCUCAAUACCAGGACCAAAAAAAGCUACAAAUGGAACAAAGCCACAGCCUCUACCUAAAUUGAAAAUUUUCUUCCUUCAAAUAAUUUGGAUUUCUACAAUUGUGACUUACUACGGAGGACUUUUAAACUUCCGAAGCGUUGGCGGCACGGAUUUGCCAAGCAGGACAACUAUUGCCGGUGGUGCCGAAAUAAUUGGCACCUCAAUAGGCCUGCUUUUGGUGCUCAAGCCAAAGUACAAAAUCGGCUUUAUGAGUUUGUUAUUGUUCAUUGGUGGCACUUGCUGCGUUUGUUCCUGGGCCGUUGCUCCAAACGACAUGGGCAGCAGAGGUGGCUGGACAAUGGUCGGAUUAGCCGUUUGCGGCAGAAUUUCAAUCGCCUGCUCUUUAGCCGUGAUGACGAACGGCGGCACGGCCGAAUUUAUUCCCGUCGCGAGGAGGCCCGUGACUAUUAUGCUUUUACUAACUGGAGGCAGAUUUUUCCUCAUGGGAGCUCCGUUUCUCAAUUCGUUGGCCUUUUACGCUGACAGCAUAACUCUUUCUGCUUACGGAGUUUUAAUUUUAAUGGCCGCAAUAAGUUCCCUUUAUUUAUUUAUCACUUCCGAGUGCAGUGAAGAGAGUUUCUCAGCAUCUAAUGCCAUAUCAGCUGUGGGCGUUUCUAGCGUUUGGAACAUUCAGAAGGCGGCAGAAAGCAAAACUGACAAGGAAAUUGUGUGCACGCACUUCAAUCCCUGUUUCGUCGGUGACGAUGGAAUUGAAAGAGUCAUUUAGAAGAAAAGCAUUAAAAUAUAUUUAUUUUUUCUAAAGAGAUAAAAUUCAAAUGCCUGUCAACUCCCUGACAAGUAUGUGAAACUGCAUUACUGUAGCGAUAUAAGCAAUGGUAGCAGCAAAAGCCUAUUAU